CCUUUCCCUCCCCUUUAGCGCCCUACCCCCCACUCACUCACACUCAACCGAAAAAAGCUGCUCUGCCAAGUUGUCUUCACGCCAUGUAACCCUCAACCGUUCUCUUCAGUCCCACUCUUCCUCUCCUUUUUCCUAUUCUGGAGCCAGGCAAGACGGGAUUUCCUCCCAUUUGACGGCAGACUCUGGCUGGGGCUGAAGAGUCAGCCUUAAAAGACAAGGAGGCUGAACACACCUGACAGGCAUAUGCAUUACAUCUAGGUAGUUCCUCUCACCGCUUAUCAACAACUUCACAUGGCGUGGGGCUCCUCGUCCAGCCAUGCCGGACGCUCAAAUGUUUGUGCAUGGAGCGAUGCUCGCCUCGGGGGCAACUUGGCAGGCGGCAAGGCCCCGGCCAUGGACAGGUCAUCGUCAGUCUCUUCGCUGCCGCCGGGUGCUGGGUGGCUGCCACGCCGUGAUGCUGAUCCUGGCCGGGGUGGUCGGUGGCUACGGUGGGUGGCCUUUUGCUUCUGGUUGUCGAGGUCUUCGUAUUCUUCGACUUCUCGUCUUGUCAUGGAGGUGUUGGGUCUGGAGAUGUCCCGGGUUAGAGAAUCCGAAUCCCGGCGGGCGUCAAGAGAGUGCCUUCUGCGGCGGUUGCGCUGCGGUGGGUGUGGAUUGUCUUGCUUUGGCUGCUUCUGUUGACGUUGCUGUGGAGAUUGUCCUGGCCCCUUUGACGAGGUGGGCGUACUACUGCUGGCGACGACAGGGUUUACAGUCCUCGUCACAUUUGGUAGCGGUGUAGUGUCGUAGUAGGUGUCAUUGAUCUGGAAGGCUGCCGGUGCGUUGUCAGAGUUGCUGGCCAUUGAGCUUCGGCGGCUCCGGCUCUGUUGCCGAUGGCUCGAUGCGACAGAGCGGAUGGAGGCUGGGCGGCUGAGUGAAGGUGUGGUGUUGUGUACGUGGGUGGGAAAGUACGGGGGCCGAUGACGACUGUUGCUCCUGGACAGCCCGUCUCCUCCCCAAAGCGAUUCGUUGUCGUAGUGAAAGGAGUGACGGAUGGGAUUCCAGGAAGAAUUGGUGUCGACACGUUUGAGGUCGUAGCCAUCAGCGGAGCUGCGUGUCCGACUUGACGCGCUCCUCUCGAGACCCUUGGUUGAGCUGGGGUGAUAUGUCUGGAGCGGCUUGGGCACAUCAGGAGCGGUGCUGGGUCUGCCUCCCUGACUUUCGGCAUCAGAAUUGGUACCAUUCGAGCCUCGUUUUGCCCUUAGGCGGGCACGGCAGUGGCGGACGAUGCUGACAACAGUGAUGAUGGGCACCCAUCCGAAGCAUACCGAGCAGGCAAUGACUACGAUGAGGAUGGUAGGGUCCCCAUUCCACUCAUAUCCCAUCUUGCAUUGUCUCUGGCUGUCGUGCUGGUGCUGCGAGGUGCCGUGAUAUCGGGACCUGAGCAAAAGGGAACGGAAACAUUAUGCCCCAGCAGAAACGACAGCCCCAAUGUGCAGAUAUCAUCAGCUCAUCAUUUCCUCGUAUUGGGCGUGCUAAGGUUCGCCAUGUCCGGUGAGGAAAGGGAAGGUUUACGCUUGCAUGGUGAGGUCCGAAGAUGCAGAUGGCAUUUCGGGGCCUACAACCUGGAAGUAAAUCAUUCGAGGUCUCGAUCAAAGGUGGUUCAGUUCUCCUGUUGCCCAAAGUGUCUGAGUGCAAGUAGCCCAUCCCAUCCCAUCCCAUCACAUCCCAUCCCAUGCUGUCCGUGAUACAUUGAUCUUGAAGUCGGAGUGGAGUAGUCAACAAACAGGUCGGGCGGUGUUGGGUUGUCUCCGGAAUUGCCAGCCGUUGGACACCAACAAAAGAUGGGACGAGGUCCUUCACGAUGCCAAGCAUCCCCACCUGCGAUCGUGCCAAGGGCGGCCCUAGGUCCGCUUCGAAAACCCACCUCCCAGUUUGUGUGGGGAAGCCGCCUUUCCUGAUCUGGCGGCUCGGCGUUCUCGACAGCGACCAAAGCUCCCGGACAGCAUGACGGCUGGCAAUAUAGCCAAAUUGCAAAACACUGCUGUUUCCCGGUUUUGCUGUGCCCGCCAGCACCGUGUGUUAAUUUACAUUGUUGAGCCUCAGCCUGGAUUCGACCACUGUCUUCUAUUUUGAGCAGCUCUCACAUGUCCAUUUAAGACGGAACACGCCGGCACCACUGAUGACGCUGGUGACCGGUCACCCGGUUGACGGCCACAUGGAAACCGGGUUCUCGGGUUGUCGGGCCUCGACAUGCACACUGAAGCCAAUCUCACGAACCAUGCAAGCUCACAAGGGAGCAGAAAAAUAAAACGGGUGCUAAGAAUGUGGGGAAGUCUUGGAAAAACCGGGGUCACAGGCAUUCCCCAGAACGAGCCGCCCUCUUCGACCCUUUGCUAGACACACGUGUUGUAGUACAUCAGGCGCAGUACGUACUCCAUACCUUGCUGCGCGCGGCUACUCGGAUCGCAAACUGUUGAAGCUGUUCGACCAUGUUCCCUGGACACACACAACGGUCACCAGGAUGGAGACAGGUUGCAUUCGGCGGAUGCCCUCCGUGAUGUCCUGGACAAGCUCCCAAGCCCGCUCCAAUGAGCGGCAGUUGCCCCCUGUCGUCCCAUCCAGCAGCCUCAAUCUGAUCCAUCGCCCGUCGUCCUCGGCUCCACGAUUCCCUCGUCUGUGCUUCGGCCAGCCUCCAACCGCCCCGGUCGUCAAGUCACAUCGUCGUCCUUGGUUACGGUGACGCUUCACCCUUUGGGUCUGUCGCCGCCGGACCACCAGUGUGCGCGUUCCCAUCGUGGAGAUGUCUUCCUCCCAGUCGACCCCGCGCCAGCGCUUGCCUCUCCCACAGUCCAGGACCGGUGCAUGAUCCAGGGUCCUCGCUCGAGCCUUGACGGCCCGAGAGCCGUUUCCCAUGAGGCGACCAGCGAUGCCAUCCCCUUGUGGCAACCUCAGCUGCAUGGAGGAAAGGGUGCCGUGAAUCCGCAAUGUCGCUGAUCUCGCCGUGGCAGCACCAUGAAGCAAAGGAAAUUGGGCCGACAGGGUGGUCCAAGGGCAGAAGGGGUGUCGAACACAUCUCUAUAUAAGUCGGCUUCCCAAGGCCUCACGAACCCAUCUUGAUCUCACCACCCUCGACAUCAAGCACGCCUUGCAUCUACAGGUCCCAGUCAACCCUCCAGAUCGCCAUAAUGGUUUCCGCAAAGUUCGCCGCUCUCGCUGCCCUUGUGGCCUCUGCCUCUGCUCAGCAGGUGUGCUCGCUCACUCCCGAGUCUCACCCCCCUCUGACCUGGCAAAGAUGCUCGGCUGGUGGCUCCUGCACCAACGUCGCCGGCUCCGUCACCCUUGACUCCAACUGGCGCUGGACUCACACCCUCCAGGGCAGCACCAACUGCUACUCUGGCAACGAGUGGGAUACCUCCAUCUGCACCACUGGUACCAAGUGCGCUCAGAACUGCUGCGUUGAGGGUGCCGAGUAUGCUGCCACCUAUGGCAUCACCACCAGCGGUAACCAGCUGAACCUCAAGUUCGUCACCGAGGGCAAGUACUCGACCAACGUUGGCUCGCGUACCUACCUCAUGGAGAACGCCACCAAGUACCAGGGCUUCAACCUCCUCGGCAACGAGUUCACCUUCGAUGUCGAUGUCUCCAACAUUGGCUGCGGUCUCAACGGUGCCCUCUACUUCGUCUCCAUGGACCUUGACGGCGGUCUUGCCAAGUACUCGGGCAACAAGGCUGGUGCCAAGUACGGCACCGGUUACUGCGAUGCCCAGUGCCCCCGUGACAUCAAGUUCAUCAACGGUGAGGCCAACAUCGAGGGAUGGAACCCCUCCACCAACGAUGUCAACGCCGGUGCCGGCCGCUACGGUACUUGCUGCUCCGAGAUGGACAUCUGGGAGGCCAACAACAUGGCCACUGCCUACACUCCUCACUCCUGCACCAUCCUCGACCAGAGCAGGUGCGAGGGCGAGUCUUGCGGUGGCACUUACAGCUCUGACCGCUAUGGCGGUGUUUGCGAUCCCGACGGAUGCGACUUCAACUCGUACCGCAUGGGCAACAAGGAGUUCUACGGCAAGGGCAAGACCGUCGACACCACCAAGAAGAUGACCGUCGUCACCCAGUUCCUCAAGAACGCCGCCGGCGAGCUCUCCGAGAUCAAGCGCUUCUACGUCCAGAACGGCGUCGUCAUCCCCAACUCCGUCUCCAGCAUCCCCGGUGUUCCCAACCAGAACUCCAUCACCCAGGACUGGUGCGACGCCCAGAAGAUCGCCUUCGGCGACCCGGAUGACAACACCGCCAAGGGCGGUCUCCGCCAGAUGGGUCUUGCCCUCGACAAGCCCAUGGUCCUCGUCAUGUCCAUCUGGAACGACCACGCCGCCCACAUGCUCUGGCUCGACUCCACCUACCCCGUCGACGCCGCCGGUCGCCCCGGUGCCGAGCGCGGUGCCUGCCCCACCACCUCGGGUGUCCCCUCCGAGGUCGAGGCCGAGGCCCCCAACUCCAACGUUGCCUUCUCCAACAUCAAGUUCGGCCCCAUCGGCUCGACCUUCAACAGCGGCAGCACCAACCCCAACCCCAUCUCCUCCUCCACCGCCACCACCCCCACCUCGACCCGCGUCAGCAGCACCUCGACCGCCGCCCAGACUCCCACCAGCGCCCCUGGUGGCACCGUCCCCCGCUGGGGCCAGUGCGGCGGCCAGGGCUACACCGGCCCUACCCAGUGCGUUGCCCCCUACACCUGCGUCGUCAGCAACCAGUGGUACAGCCAGUGCCUCUAAGCGCGUGUGGAAACACACGUCUCUGGUGGGGCCAGCGCGGCUGACUGUGGUGGUGGUGUCGUGAGCAUGAAUUGUACAUAGUUACUUGUUUCGAAACUUGCAUGGGGAUUGGGGACAACAGUACAUAUUGCUUUUUUUCCUUUUUCCUUCGCUUCAGCCGUAUAUAAAUUGAUGCAUAGCUUUUUUGACCUUA